CAUUCAAAUUGGUUUCCUUACCAACAGGUAUUGUGUGUUGCUGGUCAUUGGUUAGUAACCGACCAACAGUGUUCCUUGACAAGUGUUAUUGUGUGCCUACGCAAAUAACGCAAGUGUAUAGUUCCAACAGUGGUAGCAUGCGUAACUCUGAUGCAUACAAAAGGCUACGUUCCGAGCCAAGAAAAAAAUAUCAGAUUGUCGCAAGUUUUCACCUGCUACAUUUGAAAUUAUUGUAAGGUAUUUAAUGUGACUUCAAAAAGGGCAAAAUGACUAUGGAGCUUUCGUAUCAAGCAAUGAAAACAGCCAAUCAAGCGAGAGAGGCGGUGAGUAACCAGAUGAAAUGAGAGCAGAAGCCAGGCGGAAGAAUCUGCUGAUUCUUAUUCUCCACUACAUGACACAGGAAGGAUAUAUGGAUGCUGCCAAUGCCCUUGAACAAGAAACCAAUUUAGGUUUGCGUUGUUUUGAAGUUUGUGACAACAUAGACUUGGAGACAAUCCUGUUAGAGUAUGAGAGCUACUACUUCAUUAAAUUUCAACGGUACCCAAAGCUUACUAAAAAGGCAGCGGAAUCUGGAGAAAAAAAGCACCCAAGAAGUGGGGGAAAACUAAAGAGAACCCCCAGCUGUAACUACCAGACUCUUCCCAGGAUAAAUCAGCCCCAGGCCACUCAACGUCCUCCAUCAAAAUCUAGUGGAAAAAGAACAGCUCCAAAGACAGCUGUCAGAGAAAGCCCUAAACAGGAGAAUGGCUGUUCAACCCCUCCAGAAACUGCAGAGUUUGGUUUAAAUGUGUCAUCUCUCACCAGGAGUGGCGGGGGGGAGGGAACACAAAUAAAAAAGGGCCAAGUGAUUGACUUCCGUGGAUUGAUCCAAGAUGCAAUUAAAGGAGCUUCAAACGAUGUCAACGGCUUAAACGCUAACCCAGAUCCUUUUGAACGUCUUAUUAAACCUCUCAGUGCCUUUAGUGGAAUGAACAGUGAAAUGAGAGAAUUGGCAGCUGUAAUAAGCAGGGAUAUAUAUUUGCACAAUCCAAAUGUGAGGUGGGAUGACAUUAUUGGACUUGAUGCAGGCAAACGAUUAGUCAAAGAAGCUGUCUUGUAUCCUAUUAAGUACCCCCAGCUAUUUACAGGGAUUCUUUCUCCUUGGAAAGGGCUAUUGCUCUAUGGACCGCCAGGGACUGGCAAAACGCUGCUUGCUAAGGCUGUUGCAACUGAGUGCAACACAACAUUUUUCAAUAUUUCAGCAUCCAGCAUUGUCAGCAAAUGGAGAGGGGAUUCAGAAAAGCUGGUUCGGGUUUUGUUUGAACUUGCGAGGUACCACGCCCCUUCUACUAUUUUCUUGGAUGAGUUGGAAUCAGUAAUGAGCCACAGAGGAACUGGCCCAGGAGGGGAACAUGAAGGCAGCCGGCGAAUGAAGACAGAGUUGCUGGUUCAGAUGGAUGGCUUGGCACGUUCGGACGAUCUUGUCUUUGUGUUAGCAGCUUCCAAUUUGCCAUGGGAACUAGAUCAUGCCAUGUUGCGAAGAUUAGAGAAAAGGAUCUUAGUGGGUCUGCCAGCCAAAGAGGCAAGACAGGCUAUGAUCAAACACUGGCUGCCCCCAUUAAGUAACACAGGAGGUGUGGAGCUAUGGACUGACCUGGACUACAGCCUUCUGGGACAGCAAACAGAUGGUUACUCUGGCUCUGAUAUAAAGCUAGUGUGUAAGGAAGCAGCAAUGAGACCUGUGAGGAAAAUCUUUGAUGCUCUGGAAAAUCACAAAGGAGGUAAAACAGAGUUGCCCAAAUUGGAGACAGUGACAACGACAGAUUUCCUAGAUGCGAUUGCUCAUACAAAACCCUCUGCUAGAAACCUGACUGAAAAAUACACAGCUUGGCAGAAGGAGUACGAGUCUGUUUGAAGUUUCUGUGGUUUGAGCUCUACAAAUUUCAAAAAGUGAACCACAACAGCAUUGAUCCCAAGGACUGAAAUGGACUUCACAGAAAAGUCAAUCCUUUUUUACUUCGUAACUGAGAAAGAGGAUCAAGGGACCAUGAACUUUAGGAACACUUUAAAUCUUUUGUAGUUUUCAGUAACAAUGCUCUACUGAUUUGUAACCUGGCAUGCACUUCACAUCACAGUAAUAAUAAUCACAAAACAACAUUGUUCUGUCGCUGUUGUUAUACAAUGACCAUAGAAUAAUGUAAUGUGUUUUUUUUUUUUUUUUAAACACAUGGAGUGGAUGACACUCUGUACCCUAUGAAUUAAAUGGGAAAACUAGAACAAAUGCAAUAUUGUAAGUCUGCCAUUAUGUAACUAAGCUUCUAUUUUAUUUUAUUUAUUUAUUUAUUAUUGCAGAAACUAUUUGAUUUAUAGAUCUCUGGUGAAGGGAAGGCAGAUAAAGAGCUUUUCCAAUAUAUUUUAGGAUAUUUUUAUAAAUAUCAACUGUACAAAUUGUAUCCCUACAUUAUAAUUUUGCUACCUUCUAAUUUGCAUUGCUCUGGGACAUAUACAUGUUCCAGGCCCUAUCCGUGAACCAGUUAAGAGGCUUUUGAACUGGAUUGUAUUAAGUGUAGCAUUGAAUUUGGAGUCUGGACUAUUGAAACAUGCUCCCUUAGAUGUGCUAAACAAUAUUAUCUUUACAUGUAACCCAUUGCUAUAUAAGUCCUAGUUAUUUAAACCUACAUAUGUAUAGCAUGGGCAGAUAAAAACUAACACAAGUAUAACAAGUAUAUACAAUUGGUGUUAGCUUUCAGCGACAAAAGAAAUAGAUAAAUCCACUUUACAAUAUGCCCAGUACUGAAAUAAAGUGAUUCCUGUUCACCAGUGGGCUUUAUCUGCAAGGAUAUGCAGGUACUCGCAGCAUCUUUUACUGCCCUGUGGGUGUUUUCUGAUGUAUGUGGACUGUUUUUUCUUCAUCUGUACACAAAGGUUGCAUUUUUUAAAAUGAGUUCUUGUGAUGAAGUGCCAUUUUCCUAUUGAUCUUUUGUAACUCUAAAUGUCAUGGCAAAAUUGAUUUCACAGAGAGCACCCAACUCAUAAUACGGGUCCUUCUUUCAAUUUUGUUUUCAAACUAUAAUUAAAUAGGUAAAGCUACAGUAUUAAUUAAUAAGUUUUGGUGUUUAGCAUUAUAUCUGUCUUUAUCUGUUUCACUUUAACUUAAAUACCUAUUUAAGACAACAGAUUUUCAGCUUAUAACCAGUUUUAUACUUAAAAAAAAUGGGUGCAUAGUUAGAUGAUUUUGUUUCUAAAAGAAUACGCUGUAAUUUGUUGUUAAUCACACAACUACAAACUUGUAAUACUGUUAAAAUAAGGUCAAGACAGAUCUCUGCACCCUCUGUGGAUGGCAACCUUUAAAUACAUCACUGUCACGUGAAUGUCCCCAUUUAGGUGAUAGUCUGCCGUCUAACUCAUUAUUUCCACUGCCUAGCGCUACAGGCUUCAGCUGCCCACGACUAGCCGCUGAAAUCAAGAGUAUUUUAGUGGGUUUUUUUGGGGGUUUUUUUUCCCCCAAACCUGGCCAACCUCAGAAAUUCUUGCUGUGUGUCAAAGGUCACAGGAGGAUUGUACUUUAUUUUAAAGAUGCUGGCGGUAACAAAUACAUUUAACCAUAGACUAAUUACAAGUAAAAAAGGAAUCUGGUUAAGAAGGAGAGCAUAGCCACACAAACAGCCAGGUUUUGUCAUUGUGUUUAUCAUGAAUAAAAACAAAACGCAAUGCGACUUCAGACUUGUCGUGUGCCAAAGCAGGAUGAACAUUGUGAAAUUUAACAAAGCUCUCCGCUUUCGGUGAGUAAAAGAAAGCUUAAAGAAAAACAAUAAAGAAAACAUCAUAUGUAUACUUUACCUAAAUAAAAGAAAAUAACACAACUCCGGGCUACGUGAGGACGCACUUCCUUUGUAGCCAGGUUGGCUACAUCGAGUACGAGAUACAAACCUGACCAGACAGCAGUGCUCAGCCGCUCGGGCGAGCUGUGGAAACACCGUUUUGUUGCCGUGGGCAACCAUAGCUGAAAGCGCCAGACAGUGGAAAAGGGGCUUUAUAAUAGAAACUGUUUUCUGGCAAGUUGAAACUCUGCUAAUGGGCCAUUACUAUAUAAAGUUAAUUGAUAGCUAUUGACAAUUGCCCCAAACCAGAGGUUCCCAGCAACACCACUUCUGAAAAUAUUUUAUAAAUAUAAAAGAAAAGGAAAAUAUUUACUUGGGCUGGAUUUUGCUAGAAUA